AGUCCGUUGCCUCUGCGCUUAUCAUAAUAUUAUUUAAUCAAUAAAUUUUUCAAGAACAAAGACUCGUAAACAAGUUGCUGCCUCUCAAUCAAGUGAAAGCAAGCUUAAGCAGUAUUCUUUAAGCAACAGUGCGUGCGAUUAGAUGCACUAGAAGUGAUAGAGUAAUGCUCUUGACUAUUGACGUCCGUCCGGGGGGCAUAGCCCUACUGUUGUUGGCGCUGCUGGCACAUCUGGCAGCCGGUCAGGUGUUCUACUACCAACCGGAACAGGUGCAUCUGGCCUUUGGUGAGUCCACCAGCGAGGUAGUGGUAACAUGGAGCACCAUGACGGCAACGAACGAAUCCGUGGUGGAGUACGGCAUCGGAGGAUUCGCCCUGAGGGCAACGGGAACGGAGGAGAAGUUCGAGGAUGGAGGCCCUAAAAAGCAUACGCAAUACAUCCAUCGGGUGGUGUUGCGGGAUCUGCAGCCAUCUUCUCGCUACGAGUACCACUGCGGAAGCACGGUGGGUUGGUCGCCGGAGUUUUACUUCCACACGGUGCCGGAGGGAUCGGACUGGGCUCCUUCGUUAGCCAUUUUCGGUGACAUGGGUAACGAAAAUGCACAGUCGAUGGCACGGCUGCAGGAAGACACCCAGCGGCACAUGUACGAUGCGAUCAUACACGUAGGGGACUUUGCGUACGAUAUGAACUCGGACAACGCCUUGGUCGGAGACCAGUUCAUGAACCAGAUCCAGUCGAUUGCGGCCUACACACCGUACAUGGUGUGUGCCGGGAAUCACGAGGAAAAAUAUAACUUCUCCAACUACCGAGCCCGGUUCAGCAUGCCCAGCGGAACGGAAAACAUGAUGUACAGCUUUAAUCUGGGGCCGGUCCACUUCAUCGGAUUCUCGACAGAGGUGUACUACUUCAUGAACUACGGACUGAAAACCUUAAUAAACCAGUACGAGUGGUUGCGGCGGGACCUGGAGGAAGCGAACCGGCCGGAAAACCGUGCCCAACGUCCCUGGAUCAUCACCUACGGCCACCGACCAAUGUACUGCAGCAAUGAGAACGAUAACGAUUGCACCCAUAGUGAAACGUUGGUGCGCGUGGGCCUACCCUUCACGCACUGGUUCGGUCUGGAAGACCUGUUCUACGAGUACGGCGUGGACGUGGAGAUUUGGGCUCACGAGCACUCCUACGAACGGCUGUGGCCCAUCUACGACUAUAAGGUCUACAACGGGUCCCACGAGGAACCGUACCGCAAUCCACGGGCUCCGGUCCAUCUGGUGACCGGAUCGGCCGGUUGCAAGGAGGGCCGCGAACCAUUUAUCGGCCAGAUUCCCGAAUGGAGUGCCAUCCAUAGCCGAGACUACGGUUACACCCGCAUGAAGGCGCUCAACCGGACGCACCUCUACUUUGAGCAGAUUUCCGUCGACAAGGAGGGAGCUGUCAUCGAUUCGUUCACCAUCGUCAAGGACCGGCACGUACCGUACAGGCAGCUGUUCGAGGUGCCGGCUGGCGAUGAUGGAACGAACUAAAGUUUGCAAUUGUUUUGAUUGGUUUUUAAAAUGUUAUAUUUCAAAUGCUACAGCUACACGGCUAUCGAUCGAAGAACGUAUUUUCGUAUUUCGUGCAAAUAAUAUGAACUAGCUUUAGUGGUAUUCGUUACCAAAAUUAGUGCAAGAUCUGAACCUAUUCUAGUUGGGAAAUAAAACGCAAUAAUUAUGGCUUAUCACAGUUUUCUGUAAAA